CUCUCUAUCCUGUCUUUCAGGUAUUCCUCCUGCUGCUGACUCUAGAACUCAUCUCUCUCCUGUCAUUCAGAUAAACAUGCAGAUCUCGAUCUUUGCCGGUGUUCUGCUGAUUUCUGCUGCCGUGCUCUCUGAUAAAGUGAAACACGAUGUUGCGUGGUUUACUAACCAGCACAUUGGUGAUGAGAUGCAUGAAAGCGACUGUACCAACGUGAUUAACGGCAGAAAAAUAAUGAAAGACGACGGUGGCUGUAAGUGGUCCAACACCUUCAUCAAAGCGUCUUUGGAGACUGUGACAGGCGUCUGUAAAACACCAGCACUGAAACCUAAUGGUAAUCUGCAUCAAAGCACAGGGACCUUUACCCUUAUUCACUGCGAACAGACGAAGGAAAUGGCUCAAAAGAAAGCCAAGUCUCCCAACUGUGAGUACAAAGAAGGAGAACUUAAAACGGAAAAGAAGAUCACAAUUGGAUGUGAUACAAAAGGCAAUCCUGUUCACUUUGAUAGGUUUGAACCUUUGUAAUCCAAAAGUAAUCUAUUACUACCUGAUGAACCAGAGUAAUCUAUUACUACCUGAUGUUUUUUCUGCUGUCAUGUUCAACAUAAACUGUAAUUGUUGACACUUGAUGCUUUAAUUUGACAUUUAAUCAACUUUUUUGUUGCUUUUCUCACUUGUUUCUCCAUUUCCUCAGCUCUGAUAUUUCUAUUGUUAAAUAGCGU